GUACUAUUUUGCACAGGUUUAAAAUGAGCCUUACAGACAUGCUAAGCCCUUCCGAUAUUGCUGCUGCUCUGCGGGACUGCCAAGCUCCAGAUUCCUUUAGUCCCAAAAAAUUCUUUCAGAUCAGUGGGAUGUCUAAAAAGAGUAGCAGCCAGCUCAAGGAGAUCUUCCGGAUUCUCGACAACGAUCAAAGUGGCUUUAUUGAGGAAGAUGAGCUCAAGUAUUUCCUUCAGAGGUUUGAGUGUGGAGCCAGAGUGUUAACCACCUCAGAAACCAAGACCUUCUUGGCAGCUGCAGAUCAUGAUGGGGACGGUAAAAUUGGGGCUGAAGAAUUCCAGGAAAUGGUGCAGUCUUAG